UUGGUCACUGACUGGUGGGCCGAGUUCUCAAUUUCUUAUCCCCUUGUGCGUCUUCGGUUGCUAUCCCCGCCUCCGCGGCAUCCCGUCGAGCAACCAUGGCGGCGGCGGUAACCCUCCUCCGCCUUCCUCUCGCCCGUCUCUCCUACCACCUCCGCUCCGUACCUUCCUCUCGUCUCCCGCCCCCUCGCCUCCGUAUCUUGACCUCCCAUCGCUUUUUCUCCUCCCUGGACCACGGCUCCGCCUCCGCCUCCGCCUCCGCAGCCGUGGCCGAGGUUGUAGGCGUGCCGGACGCGGAGGAGUCGGUAGAGGAGGAAUCUGCGGCCGAGGCUGAGGCUGAGGCUGAAUCUGAGGCGCCCAGGUCGUUCGUGCUUCCGCGGCUACCGCGGCCGAAGCUGAGCGUGAAGGAGCGGAAGGAGCUGGCCUCGUACGCGCACGGCCUCGGCAAGAAGCUCAAGUCGCAGCAGGUCGGCAAGAGCGGCGUCACACCCAACCUUGUCUCCGCCUUCAGUGACAACCUCGAGUCCAACGAGCUCCUAAAGCUAAAAAUUCAUGGGAACUGCCCUGGGGAGCUACCUGAUGUGAUACUUCAACUUGAAGAGUCGACAGGAUCCAUUGCUGUUGAUCAAAUUGGCCGCUCUGUUAUUCUGUAUAGGCCUAGCACCAGCAAGAUGAAAAAGAAACAACAAGUUGCUGAAAAUGCUAGGAGAUUUUCAAGACCUGAAGAAGGAAAUGCUAGGAGGUUUGUAAAAUCUGAAGAAUCAUUUGAAGAACGCCUUAGAAACAGCUCAGGCAGAAGAUUUGUUGGAUCUGGAUCUACAUUUAGGGGUCAACAGAACAGGAGAUCAAUGGCAUCCAAGGGGUCUUCAUAUAGCCGAGGAUAGCAGUGGCACAAAACGCUAUAUUCUUGUUUUCCGUGUUAUCUGGACUCCGGACCCUGGAUUGAUCAUGUAAAAUUUUAGACAAACUAAUUGGAAUACAAUGCUACUGUUUAAUUCUUGUUUUGACCAGUAAAUUACGGUUUCAGGUCUCA